GACGGUAUAAAUUGAACGCAGCUCGGGCCGCGUUUCAAAACAGUUUGAAUCGCAACAGAGCAAACAUAUCAAGAAAGAAAGCGAAGCUGAGGCAAGCUGCAUAGCUGUCAAGCCAUUACCUGCGCAACAUCUACAAGAAGCUAACAUUACCCCGAUUACUCGAAGCAAAGAGUGCUAUUUACCGAAGAGAAGGAAGCAUCGUCGUAAGGCCAUCGAAAAAAUGUCGCUGAUUCCGUUGCUGUUCUCCAACUGGUGGGAAGACUUGGACGAGCCGCACAGCCUGAUCGACCAGCAUUUCGGUGUCGGUCUUCGCCCUGAUCAACUCCUCGCCCCGUCGCUUGUCAACCGCAGAUCCCCGGGAUCCUUGUACUACAGACCAUGGGGAGCUCUUCUCAAUUACGGGAACACCGGCUCGUCGGUAGUCAAGGCCGACAAGGAUCAGUUCAAGGUCAUCCUUGACGUGCAGCAGUUCAAGCCCGAGGAGAUAAACGUGAAGGUGGUCGACAAGUGCGUCGUCGUCUCGGCCAAGCACGAGGAGAAACGCGACGAGCACGGCUGGGUGUCUCGCCAGUUCGAACGGCGAUACCUGAUCCCCGAUCAGUGCAACAUCGACGACGUCUCGUCGAGCUUGUCCUCCGACGGCGUCCUGACCAUCACGGCACCGAGGAAGGAGCAGCUCAAGGUCGAGGGCGAGAGGAGCAUCAAAAUUCAGCACACCGGGAAACCGGCCGUGAGGGAUACUCCGAACCCUGCGACUACGCCGUCCGACGCUGAGGAGAAGCAGAUUGCUAACGACGCAAAGUAAUUUACCAUUUUUUAAGAUUGUCGAACUACGUACGAACUGAUUGCUUUUCUCGUGUUUCCUGUACGAACGGACUGAUUUUAUUUUAUUUUUUGUUUUUUUUUUUCAUUUUGUAACCAAUGUUACGAUACCUAUUAUGCUUAAUUGUAAGUUUUGUUUUCUAAAAUUGUUUUCACUUCUGUCUCGGAUGUAAUAUCACGUCAAAUUUUAUUAGUAAUUUGAUUCAUUGUAUUAAUAUAAGUAUACAAAUUUCCACUGUUUGUAAUGUGAUAUCUGUUAACCAAAAAAAAAAAAGAAGAAAAAAUGAAUAUACCACCAUAUAUCGCUAUGUAAUGUACUGAAAAUUGUAUUUACGUAAUAAAAUAUAUUAGUACAGAAA